GUAACGAAGUGCAAUGAAUCAACGAACGCAGACACAAGCUCGUCUCGUGCGACACAAAAUGGUGGAAGACGAGACCUAAACUGCCAAGAACAUAACGACGAUCUCGUUGUCUUCCCGCCGAUCAACCACGAGAAUCUCUACACCGAUGGUUUCGACAUAGAGCGAGAAUCAUCCUCCACUCCCUCAUCUUCCUCGUCGUUUUCUUCUUCUUCGUUCGGUUCAGACGAACGUUACGAAUUUGACCGGAAACCGCAGUGUCAUCCGUUAGAAACCGACGGAAAAUCUCCGCCGUCUGAUUCAGGCGAGAAACCUCGGUGGAUAACGUUCUUGAAUUACUGCUCAGCACUCGAGGCUCGUAUCAUCCAACGUUGGUGGAAGCUCCUUCUCGCGCGAGUAUUACCAAAGUUCCGUACAAUGGCGUCGUGCCUCUGUUCCUUCUCGGAGACUCUCCGGUCGUUUUAUCCAGUCAUUGUCGUCGUAACAUGGUGGUGGAUGCGUAACCGAGCUCGCCGACGAGGAGAAACCGAAGCUCAUCUUAGAGAUACAAUUAAAGAGAGAGACAUGGUAAUAGCUAAGCUUUUGCAUCAGAUUGUUCAGAUGAGCGAGUUACUUAUAGAGAAGAAACAUUCGAAUUGAUUAGUAGCUUAAAACUACAAGUUUGAAUAAUGAGAAUCAACGAGACAAAGAUCACAC